AUGUCACUUAGCUGGUCUGGUAUACAGUUUUCUAUGCGUCUGGCCCGCCCCCUACGCCCCUUUCCAAGAUCUGGUACAUCGGAUCAGAUACUGUCUCCCAACCAAAGAAUUUUCAGCUAUGUGGACGACGGCACCUCAUCUCGUUCUGUGGAUCCUAUUUAUCUCGGGUGUGGUCUCGACUGGCGCGGACAGAUUAUGGACCAUUACGAUUCUUGA